UAGAAAGAAAGAAAAGCUCUUAGAAGAUCUGAUCCUCACCUGGGAUCCAUGCCGCUGCUGUAGAGCUUCAGUGAGGAGAGGUUUUCAGAAAAGAAGGGACACUGGUCCUCUCAGAGAAACACGGAGGGAGGAGGGGCUCUCUGUCUGAUUUCCUCCUCCAGCUGGAAGAAAAAACAUCGACUGAUUUCUUCUUCUGAGGAUCGAGAAGGCCAACAUCUGGAAACCAGACUGAGGCUGUUCAGGACUCUAAAGACGCGGGAAUGACGGAUCAGAUCGAGGCUUUUCCCCGCGUGCAGCCUGCAGAACAUCCCGAGGUAAAAGGAGACGUGAUGUGCUGCAAACAUGAGCUGAACAAACGCUUGCAUUCAAGCCUCUGGUAGAGAAAGGGGGGUUUAAUGUGGACACACCGAAGGGAACGAGCAAACACAUGGAGACAUGAAGCCAACCAACCGUUCAUGAAAACCCAGAUAAAUGGAUCCAGCAGCACCUUUUCAGACCUACAGCUCUGGGUUCAGUGGUCUUAGCCCACAGUUUUUACAGAAAACAAGAGAAAAGUGGGUCUGGUGCCUGCAGCACACAGGCCUGUUUACAUGGAGCUGAUUUAGCUGCAGAUAAAAACACAUUUACACAGAGAUAGGUGAGUUCACGUUCAAACUAAGAGGAAAAUGCAUGUUCACAUUUAGUACAGGCAUCAAACUCUGCUCAUGAUAUCAUGCUGUGUAAUUUAGAAUAUAUUAAAGCAAAGGCACUGUGCAAAACGCAUAAUUUAGCAAAAUAUUUAUUAAUCCAAAUGUUUAAAAAAGCUCCAUAAUCUUGGAUUAAUCAGUGACUGAAGCAUUAUUUUAUCAAAUGCUCUAAAAAGGUCAGUUCUAUCUUGAGUGUGUGAUUUUAAGUCUAAAUAAGGCUGAACAGUGUGUGUAAUAACUAAUGACUGUUGGGACUGUAUUAACCAACCUUAGCUCCAGUUAUAGAGACGUGUCUGUGCUUAUAAUAUCGAACGAGUGUUUGUGAAUAACAUUUAAUAAUGAAUACUUGAAUAAUACCACUUAAAAACAUUCAUUUAGCAUCAAAAUGGCAGUUUAUUGUUUCUGCUAAUGGGAAUUUAUCCAAAUGUUUAAAAACAUUCAAAUCUUAAAUUAAUGUGACAGAGAUGCAAUAUUUUAUCCACUAUUUUAAAAAGAAGGGCAUAUCUAAAUCAGUGUGUAAAUUUAAGGCUAGCUACGGCUGAACAGUGUUUAAAAUCACGGCAGUCAUGCUUUUUAUGAAUCAAACUUCAUUUUAGUAUAAAGAAAUGAAUCUCUGCCUUUAAUAUCAAAGAAGUCUUUUAUUAAAUGCAUUUAAAAGUAAAACUAAUGCGCUUAAUUACAUGCAUUUAAAUAUUUUUAAAUAUGAUUACACAAAGAGGAACUUACCAAAUGUAGAAUCAGAAGCAUAAGACACAUUUUACCAAUUUUUAAUCUAAAUAGUUGGCUGAUAUCUUUAUCAUUGUGACAAGUUUGGCAGGAUGAAGUGCUGAGACACGCUGUCACAUCACGUCCUGACCUGACACGAUUGAAAAUCCGCCCGUGUUCAUGGCGAGCUGCACGCGGCUGCUUCACAGCUCACAGCGUGCUGAGAAACAUCCCAACUCUGAGGUUGGCGUCACGUGUUUCAAUCUGUUCUCCUUCAUUUAAAGACCACAGACUUCAGUAACCCCUGAGUGUCAGAGUCAGGCGCCUACGGAAGAGCGCCAUCCGAGUUGUUGGGGGGUCAGGACUUUGCUGAAGAGCACUUUUGGCAGUACUCAGGAAGUGAACCGGCACCUCCCAGUUCACAGAUUUGGUCUAACUGGGGCUUAAACUGGUUCCUAACCCAAGUCCUUACAAACCUAGCUACUGCUGCCCGAACAGGCAACGAGCUCAGCAGGAGUCGAACCCGGAAUCUUCUAGCAUAGACAGACGCCUUGUAGACCCUUAGGGGUCUCCCUGAGAUCAUAAUCCUGCUUGUAAAGAUAACCGGGGUGUAUUAAUAAGUACAUAAAGCUAGUGGAGACCCCCAAAGACAACAAGUGACCUGAGCAGGUGGACACAGCCACCUGUGGGUUGAGUGUCUGUACGUCACAACUGUCAGCGUUCUCUUCUGUUAGUUUAAUGAAUGGUAGAAUAAUAACUACACAGCUGCACACACAGCACAUUUCAGCCUUGGACACAGCAAAAAAACGUAACGCAGGAAGUUGGUUUAAAGCUUUUUUCUCUGUGUGCUCCCCAAAAACAGACUGCAUAGUCUUAUAUUCAAGCGUGACCUAUACUCCAGGUCUUCAGGUAAAAUUUUUAUAUUUAAGGCUGAAUAAGGGUACACAGCACAGAAGCUGUUGUUCAUUCAGUUAAACAUAGAGAUGAAUUUCUACUUGAAAAUAUCCUGAAAAGGCGAGUGCUUCAAUAAUGUGCAGUGAAGUGAAAAAAUACUCCUAAUUUUUCAAAGUAGGACAUCCAAAUUGCGAGCUGUAAGUGGCGUAGUAAUUUAAAAUAAUAAGCUCUGAUUAAAAAAGGCUUGAGUCUGUGUGACACAGAGGCUGUACAUGCAUCUUUUAUGAACGGCUUAGAUCAGUGGGUGACCUCUUAAUCUCCAGAGCUGUGCGUCAGUAGAGAAGGUCAGCAGGGAAUGCAAAGACACGGGCGGUCUUCAGCCUGUGCUUCAUCUGUUGUGUCGUAGACCAUCAGUAGCCUCAUUAUUUACAGGCUAUGCUGAUUAAGUCACUGUCAGCCUUCAUGGACGUGUAUCUCUCCCUCUCCUCUGCCGACGGAUCUGUGAACGAUGACACAGGACGCUACAAACGGACAGUGAGGAGGUGAAACCGGCUCAGACUGAUCUGGAUGGAUGUGUGUGAGGCAGGUGUUUUGUUGUGUUGUUUUUGUGCACACUCGUCGAUGGAUCCGUCCGUUAGCACGGCCCUUUGGGGCAGCGGGGGCACCAACUACACGGCUGAAACCUCGGCUCCAAGCCUCGCUGACCAUCUGAGCACCGCUGCACCUGUUGUACCCAGGGUUGUCUCCAUAAUGACCAGUCUGGCGUCCACCACCUCAGAGUCCACCACAGGAACCACAGGAAACCUGUCGGCCUUCAGAGAGCAGAUCGAGAACGAGCUCAGUCGACUCCACCCGGCGUCCACUCCCUCAGUGCUGAGCGCCGCUGAGAGUAACUCCAUCCUGCGAGGGAUCACGGUGGCGGCUCAGGCCCUGGUGCUGCUGUCCAUCUUCCUCCUGUCCAGCCUGGGUAACUCGGCCGUGGUCAUCGUCAUCAUCAAGCACAGACAGCUCAGAACAGUGACGAACGCCUUCAUCAUGUCGCUGUCGCUGUCAGACUUCCUGACGGCCGUCCUGUGUCUGCCCUUCUCCUUCGUCAUGCUCUUCAGCAAGGACGGCAGCUGGAUGUUUGGGGAUCGUUUCUGCGUGGCUAACGGCUUCUUCAACACCUGUUUCGGCAUCAUCUCCACGCUGACCAUGACUCUGAUCUCCUUCGACAGGUACUACGCCAUCGUCAGACAGCCGCAGGCUAAAAUAGGACGCCAGAAGGCGACUCAGCUGCUGAUAGCCGUGUGGCUGACUGCGGUGGUUUUCUCUCUGCCUUGGUAUCUGUUGGUUCGAACACCAACAGAGAUCCACAAACGAGGUUUCUACCACUGUAUGUACGUGUUCCACUCGGGGACGUCCCGCAUGGGGACGGCUUACAGCAUCUGCCUGAUCGUCGUGUGCUACCUGCUGCCCUUCUCCCUCAUGUGUUUCUGUCAUUACAACAUCUGUAAGACGGUCCGGCUAACGGAAAUCCGAGUCAGACCGGUGACGACGUACGCAUACUUGCUACGUUUUUACAGCGAGAUGCGAACGGCGACCACGGUCCUCAUAAUGAUUGUUUUCAUUAUCUUUUGUUGGGGGCCGUAUUGUUUAAUGGGGUUGAUAACCGCCAUGGGGAACUUCACAUUCAACCCCGCCAUGGACACGGUGGCUAUCUGGCUCGCCUGGGCUAACGGAGCCAUUAACCCUCUGAUCUACGCCCUGAGGAACCCCAACAUAUCCAUGUUACUGGGGCGCAGCAGAGAGGAGGGGUAUCGGACCAGAAAUAUCGCCGCUUACCUCUCCAGCCAAACCCAGAACCGCGAGAUCCGUCUCAACCAAGCAGAGAGGAUCAGGGACCGCUACGUGAGCCGGGUCGGGGUGAACAACAACAGCCGGCUGUCGAGUUCCAGUCCAGGGAAAGGUGGAGAGGUGGCGAUGUGGGCGUGUAAAAACCCGGCGGUGUUUUUCUGCAGGGACGCCCAGCCGGACACGGCGACACUACCAAACUCAGUCCUCACCCCGAAGAUGAAAACGGCCGACACGAGCCUGUGACGAAGCUUUAGCCCCUGGAUUUUUGGUUUCAUUUGUCUGUGAGCUGUCGUGGAUCUGAGGACCGCCGUUGAUGGAGACUUUGGAUCGUAUUUAUGUCAAACCACGGUCUUUAAAAACCGCCUAUGUUUAUGUCCCUACAACUUGAUUUUAAUAAUUAUUUGCAUCGUUUCAGAACUUUUUACAUGAAAUGAAAAGAUGGACGUUACAACUGUGAAAACUUAAUGUGUAUUAUGAGCCAAGGCUGGCAACACUAGAUGAUUUCAUGGGAGAUAUAAGCCUGACAUAGACUGUUUUACAUUUCUAUAGGACAGGAUUUAGUUCAGGUUGGAGCUUUGAAAGAUGGAUUAGCUCGACAGACAGGGACUCUGGGUGAUCUAUCCGCUUUGUUCGGUUAAGAUAUCGGGACCUCUAGAUUCAGCCAGACUGUGAGACAGACACCAGAUCUCAUCUGAACAAUCAUGACUGCAGAAGAAGAACAAACAUGGAGGACAGUGAACUUCCUCAGCUGGCCGUCCUGUUUUACAGUGAAAAACAAAGAGAUCAGAAUAUGGACUAAGUCCUCACUUAGAUAUAGCAUAGUCGUGUUUCUGGCCCAUUCUGGAUCGGAGUGGGACUGGCUUGUAAAAUAACUGUACUGGCGCCACACACUGGAGGAUUAUUUGGACAAAAAUGCUCAUUAGAUGGGCCAGUUUGUGUGAUUACCCUAGGGCUGGACGACCAUGGAAAAAAAUCAAAUUGCUUUUUUUUUUUUUCUCUAAUAUUGCUAUUCGAUAUGCGAUUAUCCCUUAACAUUAUUUUAUUCCUAAAAAAGGCUGAAAAACUCUUUAAAAUUAUAAUUGGUGCAUUGAAGGGUUUUUGUAAUUUUCAUAUUUAAAAAGAAUAAAGUACAAAAACAAAGGUAGGAUUUUUUUAGACUUUUCUAAAAAAAUUGGCACUUGAAUGACUGCAUGAAAUGUCAUGCAUAGCAUCUCUGCUGCAAAAAAAUUAGGGAUGCACGAUAAUUAUUGGUACCGAUAAAUUAUCGGCCGAUAUUGCAUAUGUUUUACAUAUUUUAACUAUGCCGAUAAUAAAAUAUUAUCCGAUAAACCCGGAAAGCUCCCGUAGAGUGGAAAACAGUCCCCGAAUUCUCCACUCUCACACAACGGAUCUUAUAAGUCACUAAAACGCCAUCAUCCUAACGACGUUAAAACGAAGCGGCAGUAGCCGCUAGCGUUAGCCGCGGGCAUUAGGACCAAGCCAAAGGUUAAGACGAGACAAAGUGCUGAUUAAGCAGGCACUGGAAACUGAGAAAGUUCGUCAGAGCCAAAGGCAACGCUAAUAAUGAUAAAAUCAGUCUGACAGUCUCCUGAUCCAGCGCUACUUUCACAGGCGUAUCUCUGCCUGUUUGACGUGGUUUCAUUCAGUCUGAGCGACAUUAGGGACAGAAGUUUACCCAAAGACCACGGCUGACUUUAUAUUCUUAACCUAUCUCUGAUAUGACUUCUGUUAGUGCAUAUUUUUAAUCUUUAUGUAAAACAUCAGCUCCAUUUCUGACUUAUGCAGCAAAAACAAAAAUGAGACCCCCAAACAUCUGACAGCCUGUUAUCAUUUGGUUUUGUCUAAGUCAGCUGAUUUCUUUAGUUUAUUGAAAUGUCAGAUUUGACCACUUGUCAAGAUACUUAAAUUUAUUUCAAGGGAAA